AUGAAUAUUGCAAGAGGUGGAAAAGUGACUCAGUCUACACUGUAUGGGAAAGCUGUGCCUGAAAGGGCCAUUGAUGGGAAUCGUGCUAGCAACUGGGGACAAGGAUCCUGUACCCACACACAAAAGAAUCUCAAACCAUGGUGGAGACUGGAUCUCCAGAAGUUGUAUAAAAUCAACACUGUCACCAUCACCAAUAGAAAGGAUUGUUGCCAUGAUAGAAUCAAUGGAGCUGAGAUCCGCAUUGGGAAUUCUCUCAGUGACAACGGCAACGCAAAUCCCAGAUGCACUGUGAUCUCAUCUAUCCCAGCAGGAAAAACCAAAACAUUUCAUUGUAACGGAAUGGUAGGCCGUUAUGUGAACAUUGUGAUUCCAGGAAGAAGAGAGUAUCUGACACUGUGUGAGGUGGAAGUUCAUGGUGAACCUACAGCCUAUACAAAUAUUGCUGUGUUUGGAAAAGCAACUCAGUCCUCACUGCAUGGAAACGCUUUGCCUGAAAGGGCCAUUGAUGGAAAUCGUGCUAGCAACUGGAAACAAGGAUCCUGUACCCACACACAGAAUGAUCUUAAACCAUGGUGGAGACUAGACCUCCUGAGGUCAUAUACUAUUUCCUUUGUCAAGAUAACCAACAGAAAAGAUUGUUGUCACAACAGGAUCAAUGGAGCUGAAAUCCGCAUUGGAAGUUCUCUCAGUGACAACGGCAACGCAAAUCCCAGAUGCACUGUGAUCUCAUCUAUCCCAGCUGGAACAACCAAAACAUUUCAGUGUUAUGAAAUGGUAGGCCGUUAUGUGAACAUUGUGAUUCCAGGAAGAAAAGAGAGUCUGACACUGUGUGAGGUGGAAGUUUAUGGUGAACCUACAACUGAUACGAAUAUUGCCUUUAGAGGAAAAGUGAUUCAGUCUUCACUUUUUGGGAAUGCUUUGGCUGAAAGGGCCAUUGAUGGAAAUCGAGCUAGCCAGUGGAGACAAGGAUCCUGUACCCACACACAGAAGAAUCUUAAACCAUGGUGGAGACUGGACAUCCAGAAGUUGUAUAAAAUCAACACUGUCACCAUCACCAAUAGAAAGGAUUGUUGCCACAACAGGAUUAAUGGAGCUGAGAUCCGCAUUGGAAAUUCUCUCAGUGACAACGGCAACGCAAAUCCCAGAUGCACUGUAAUCUCAUCUAUCCCAGCUGGUACCUCCAAAACAUUUCAGUGUAAUGGAAUGGUAGGCCGUUAUGUGAACAUUGUGAUUCCUGGACGAAAAGAAUAUCUGACACUGUGUGAGGUGGAAGUUUAUGGGCAAGAGUCAGAGUAUUCCUAUCAAUAUGGUUGUGCCUGGGGUUGA